CGGGGGGGAGGAGGAAGGAGGGAGGCUGCGCUCCGGCGGCUCCGCGCCCCGCACUCCCGGACCUGAAGCCGGGAAGGUAGGUGCUGUCCCGCCGCCGCGCCCGGGCCUUGGGGCCUGCCCCUGCCGGCCGGCUCCGCACGCCGCGUCCCAGCGCCCCGCGACUGCGUCACCGGCCCCCCGCACGUAACCACAGCUGCCUCCGCCCGCCUCGGGCCCGGGCGGACGUUUUGCCGCCCCGGCGACGUCAGCGCGUCCGGCGUUGCUUGGCUACCCCGCCGUUCCCCCGUCCCGCUGCCGCUCACCUCCCCGGGUGAAACUCUGACGCCGUCACCGCGGGCCUCGGCUGCGUCAUAGCUGCAGGCAUCCCACCUUCACGUCACACCUCCUCCUCACCUGGACACGCAUUCCUCCCUCCCUGUCAACCACUACGUUUCCUUUCCCCCUCUCCAAUCCCCUUACGCCAGAUCUGGCGAGAGAAGAUGGAGACGAGGGUGGGACUGAGUUGUGGACGACGCUCAGGAAAGGGUCGCAAGGUGGGACCCCAGACAGUGGUAGAAACAAAAUAAGGAUGUCCCUGAAGUUUGCCCUUCUACAGAGACACUAGGAAUAGAGGGAAAGAAAUGACCAACCCAGAGACACCUCACUCUGGGUUGUAACUUCAAGUCCUCUCUCUGCUUUCCUAACCUUUUCCCCAUUUCUCUUUCACACCACUUAUUUGCCAGUCUAGAUCCAUCCUGGUCCCUAACUCUGCGUACAGUUCAACUCACCCCAGUUAAAUAAUGGCAGAGACAAGUCUCUUAGAUGCUGGGGCCUCUGCAGCCUCCACAGCUGCGGCGCUGGAAAACUUACAGGUGGAAGCGAGUUGCUCUGUGUGCCUGGAGUAUCUGAAGGAGCCUGUCAUCAUUGAGUGUGGGCACAACUUCUGCAAAGCUUGCAUCACCCGCUGGUGGGAGGACCUAGAGAGGGACUUCCCUUGUCCUGUCUGUCGAAAGACAUCCCGCUACCGCAGUCUCCGGCCUAAUCGACAACUAGGCAGUAUGGUGGAAAUAGCCAAGCAGCUCCAGGCUGUCAAGCGGAAGAUCCGAGAUGAAAGCCUCUGCCCCCAGCACCAUGAGGCCCUUAGCCUCUUUUGCUAUGAGGACCAGGAGGCUGUAUGUUUGAUAUGUGCAAUUUCCCACACCCACCGGGCCCAUACCGUCGUGCCACUGGAUGAUGCCACACAGGAGUACAAGGAAAAAUUGCAGAAGUGCCUGGAGCCCCUGGAGCAGAAGCUGCAGGAGAUCACCCGCUGCAAGUCCUCUGAGGAGAAGAAGCCUGGAGAGCUCAAGAGACUCGUGGAGUGUCGCCGGCAACAGAUCUUAAAGGAAUUUGAAGAGCUUCAUAGGCGGCUGGAUGAAGAGCAACAGAUGUUGCUUUCACGACUAGAGGAGGAAGAACAAGACAUUCUACAGCGCCUCAGAGAAAAUGCUGCUCACCUUGGAGACAAGCGCCGGGACCUGGCCCACUUGGCUGCUGAGGUGGAGGGCAAGUGCUUACAAUCGGGCUUCGAGAUGCUUAAGGAUGUCAAAAGUACCCUGGAAAAAUGUGAGAAGGUGAAGACCAUGGAGGUGACUUCAGUGUCUAUAGAGCUGGAAAAGAACUUCAGCAAUUUCCCCCGACAGUACUUUGCCCUAAGGAAAAUCCUUAAACAGCUAAUUGCGGAUGUGACCCUGGACCCAGAGACUGCUCACCCUAACCUAGUCCUGUCAGAAGAUCGUAAGAGCGUCAAGUUUGUGGAGACAAGACUCCGGGAUCUCCCUGACACACCACGGCGGUUCACCUUCUACCCUUGUGUCCUGGCUACUGAGGGCUUCACCUCAGGCCGACACUACUGGGAGGUGGAGGUGGGUGAUAAGACCCACUGGGCAGUGGGCGUGUGCCGGGACUCCGUGAGCCGAAAGGGCGAGCUGACUCCACUCCCUGAGACUGGCUACUGGCGGGUGCGGCUGUGGAAUGGGGACAAAUAUGCAGCCACCACCACGCCUUUUACCCCUUUGCACAUCAAGGUGAAACCCAAGCGGGUGGGCAUAUUCCUAGACUAUGAGGCUGGCACGCUCUCUUUUUACAAUGUCACAGACCGCUCUCAUAUCUACACUUUUACUGAUACUUUUACUGAGAAACUUUGGCCCCUCUUCUAUCCAGGCAUCCGGGCUGGUCGGAAGAAUGCUGCACCACUUACCAUCAGGCCCCCAACAGAUUGGGAGUGACAGGUAGGGAUGUGGUAAUAAUUGGGGUGAGUCAGGGUCAAGAGCUAUGGGCCUUCCUUCCUGUGACCUGCUGGAACGUCUUUGUGUCUGCCUGGUUCCAGUCCUACACUGUCUAGGAGAAGCACCUUGGUUUCUAGAAUGGUUUAUAUGGAGGAGUAGAUAGGACUGGUCUGGGAUGAGAGCACAGUUGCGUCUCCCUCCUCUCAGGGUGGGGAGCUAGUUCCCAGGGGUUGACUUCCCUGAAGUCCAUCAGGUUUUCUAUUGCACAUGGAUAGGUUGGGAAGGAAGGAGAGGCGUUUCCGGAAACAGAAAGGCUAUGGGAGGGUCUGACUUGCUCAAAACCAGAAGAGGAAAAGAAACCCCUGUACAUCCUUUUAGGGGGUUGUUUGACCCAGAAUGGUCCUAUUUCUUGAGGAAGGUCAGAGGGGUCUGUGUACCCAUAGACUAAAAUAAAGAUGAGUGAUAGUUGCUCUUAUGGGUCUAGAAGUUAAGGAGUUUUGUUUUUUUUGAGGGCAGAGAUUGAGCAUCAAGAUUAGAAAGAAAGUCGGGAAAGGGGCUAAAGGAACAGAUUCCUAGCAACUAAUGAAGGGGAGAGGGGUUUCCUUGGUCUUCCAUUCCCAGAGUAAGUUGCCAUUAGGAUUGGCCAGAGGUAGGACUGUGGGGAGGAGAGUGUGAGAAGAAAGGAGAGGAGAACUCGGGUCCCCGCCUCAGCCUUCAGCAAAGCUGGCUUAGUGCCUGCCUCCUUAGAGUUGGUUGUCUCCAAAAUGUCAGUCAGUCACCUUUCUCCUGCAGAGAUGAGGUAUCUCCCUCAAGACGUAUCUACCCUUCACUGCUUUCCCAAGGGAACCUGGAAAGAACAGUCAAGUAUUAGAGGAAAGAGAAAGGUUUUUCUAUCUAAAGCCCUGGCCUUAAAGGAUUUUACUAAGUAUAGCUGCUCCCUAGUUGUCAACCUUACUCCUUGGCUAAGGUGUCCAAGCCAAAAAGGGAGAAAGGAAAUGGAGUCUUUCUCACUCUGAGGACAGGGUAGAAGAGAGGGUAUGUAGAGGGAAGGGUCAGAUAGGCAACUUCCUUUAGCCUGUGUGCAUAUGGCCUGGAACUAGUGUUCACAGGAGCCAGUCUUUUGCUUAUUUGUUGCCAUCCUUCACCUUUUGCCAUUUCCCCUAUCAGAGAAUGUAAAUCAUUUUAACAUUAGGCCAAAAUAAACAACUUGUAGGGUACAUAUGUUGUCAAAAAAGGUUAAAGCAAUGCAUGCCAAACCAAACUAAAAUGAUUUGGAAUAUCUGCUAUUUGGGUGAUGAAGGGUUCACAGAAGAUUGGGACAAGAAACUGCAGUUUAUUGAGGGUGUUUCAGUUCCUCCUACCACCUCAACAGGACUUUGUCCAAACUCUCCUCUUACCUUUGUGCCUUGACUGUGGUUCUUUGUGGCAAGAUGCUUUGGUUGGUAAAACAUAAUAUGGAACAAAGGAUCCACUGAAGUGA